GCUGCCGUGGCGCACGUCUAAGACGAACGAGACGACAACAAGACACGCACGAGACAUCACAGACAGCGGGAAGCUUGUGUUUUUUGCGUUCAACGGUAGAUUGACUGAAGCUCAGCCAUGCCCGUGGCCUCCACCAGGACAGAGCCUGUGCCCCAGGUGUUGGACGCCAUGAGUGACAGCACCACCAGCUCCACCAUCGCCAACGACCUGGACCUCAUCUACCUCAAAGGGAUCAUGGAGAGCCCUCUGGAGCAGGAGGAGAGCCUCGAGGAGCCCCGGCUGUCGCCAGUGAGGGAGAACAACGUGGAGCUCCUGCAAGAGAUCCUCAGAGACCUGGACCCCUUCACCCAGCGCUCCGACACCGCCGCCGAGCUCAGCCGCAUACUCACCCAGCCUCACUUCCAGUCCCUACUGGAGACUCACGAUUCAGUGGCCUCCCAGACGUGUGACAGCCCGCCCCCCAGCCCCCGUGAGUUUGUGGACAAUGAACCAGAAGACGGCCACACCAACAACCUGCAGCUGCCGCCCGAUGCCAUUCGCAUGGUGGGCAUUCGCAAAGUGGCCGGGGAGCACCUGGGGGUGACGUUCAAGGUGGAAGGGGGAGAUCUGGUGAUUGCUCGGAUCCUCCACGGUGGCAUGAUAGACCAGCAGGGGCUGCUGCAUGUGGGGGACGUCAUCAAAGAGGCGAACGGGCGGGAGGUGGGCCGCGACCCCCGGGUUUUACAGGAGGAGCUGCAGGCGGCCAGUGGAAUCGUGUUCCUGAAGAUCCUCCCCAGCUACCACGAGGCCAUCCCACCUCGACAGGUUUACUUCAAGUGCCACUACGAUUACGACCCGGCAAACGACAACCUGAUUCCCUGUAGGCAAGCAGGGCUGAGGUUUGAAACGGGAGACAUCCUGCAGAUAGUCAACCAGGACGACGUCAACUGGUGGCAGGCCCUUCAUGUCGAAGGGGGGAGCGCCGGCCUCAUCCCCAGUCAGAUGUUGGAGGAAAAGAGGAAAGCUUUUGUCAAGAAGGAUGUGGAGCUGGCCCCUGCAGGCAAUCUUUGCACUGGUGUCGGAGGGAGGAAGAAGAAAAAGAUGAUGUACGUGACCACUAAAAACGCAGAGUUCGACAGGCAUGAGAUAUUACUGUACGAAGAGGUGGCCAAAGUCCCGCCUUUCAAGAGGAAAACUCUAAUUUUAAUUGGUGCUCAGGGCGUCGGGAGGCGUCGCCUAAAAGCAAAGCUGCUGCUCAGGGAUCCGCAGCUUUUUGGCACCACCAUUCCGUACACCUCCAGAAAGCCUAAAAAAGACGAGCGAGAGACUCGGAUGUACGCUUUCACCAGCCGCAGCAAGAUGGAGGCCGACAUCAAGAACGGACGCUACCUGGAAUACGGAGAGUAUGAGGGCAGCCUGUACGGGUUAAAGAUGGACUCCAUACACGAGGUGAUAGAAGCGGGACGCGUCUGCAUCCUGGACGCCAACCCGCAGUCUCUAAAAGUGCUGCGGACGUCUGAGUUCCUGCCCUACGUGGUGUUCCUUCAGUCUCCAGACUUCGAGGUCCUGAAGGCCAUGAAUCGCUCAGCCGUGGAGGCAGGAGUGAUGGAAAAGACUCUGACGGACGAGGAAAUGCAGAGGACAAUGGACGAGAGCGCUAAGAUCCAGGCAGCCUACGGCCACUACUUUGACCUGAGCAUCGUAAACCAGAACCUGGAUGAGACCUACCGCACGGUCAAAGCUGCCCUGGAAACCGUCUCCAAGAACCCACAGUGGGUCCCCGUCACGUGGGUGUUCUAGAGGGAAAGACCAGCUCUGAAAGGAGUCCAGUUUGUAAAUAGGUGUCUUCAGUUCCCGCUCCCAGCUCAUCUCUCCAUCAGGGUCAUGAAGGCUUUUGUCUUUCAGCGCAAGGAGCAGAAGGCCAUUCUCAAACUGAACCUGGACGCAUCGAAGACUCUGUGUGCAUCUUUUUUUUAUGCACGCAGGGACUAAAAGCACAGCUUGCUCUCAUUGUUACAGAGCAGCGCUGCUUUUAGGCGCAGAUCACUCUUAAAGAAACUCAUGUCAGACUCAUGUCAGAAUGGCACCAUCUGCCUGAAUGAUGUGCUAAUCCUACUACUGAUGAGUGUCGGCAGACUCUGUCAUUGUUUACAUUUCACAGCCAAAAUGGUGGAUGGAUUCAUUUCAGGUCAUGUUACAAGAUCACUGCUCAGUAUUAAAUAGUAGUUUUUAAAUAUCUAGUGGAUUAACAAACAUAUCAGCUCUUACAGAGGCAAUUCCCUUCUAAUAACAUAGUUACAACAUGGCAAUGUGAUGGUUAUAACAUGGUUAUAAGGGGAAAAGGUGUAAUUUAGAGCCAAAUUGAUGGGUUAAGAACAGCUUUGUCCAGCUUCUGAAUGCAUCUAAUGCCCUUUAGUUUAAAAACACAUCAGCGUGAGCCGAGCUCCUCGUGACCCGAGGAGCACCAGAUGUUUUAUGGAGGCGCCUCCUAUUAAAAACCGCCAAUGUAAACACACACUGGCAAACAGUGUCGGACAAAAGCUCGAUUCUGUCUAGUCAGAGAGCGGAUUGGCUCUGUUUAAAUGACACCCUGUCACGAGUUCACUCUUCUGCUCGGCCUUUUUGAUUUAGAAGCGUUCAUUCUCUCAGUUGUACCCAGUUUGUAGAUAGCAUGUAGAGACACCAGGAUAUUAUCUAUGUGACACUUUAGUGAUAGCACUCUGAAUGUGUUGUGGACAGGCACGCCGACGCGAACCCACGAGCCAAUGACACGCGAUCUGAGGCACUUUAAGCUUCAGCACAUGUGUGCAUGUCCUUUUUCUGCCUGUGGCUUUUCAGACGCGUGCUCCUCUCCUGGGUCAGCGCGCGUGCCGUCCGUCCAUGGUGCCAAAUCCAGUGUUUUUUGUACUCCGACUGUACUUUCUGCGGCAGCUACCAAACAGGUUUGGACGCACAGUGAGCCGUUGUGUGGUGAAUCCUGUACUGACGUCUAAAUGUAGGAGAGACACAUGUCAACUCAUGCAGACUUUGUAAAAUCAGAAUCCUAGCUGUGCUCUCGUGUCUAAAAGCAGCUUGAUACUCUCAGAGUAUCAACUCCAUCCCCUAGAGAGUUGCGAUACACCGACAUUGCUCCCGAUGACAUUCCAGAAGCCCACGGUGUCCUUUUUUUUUUUUUUACUAUGAAAUUCAUGGAUCCAACAAGAAAUUUGUUUUGGUCUGUCCUUUUUCAGCUAGCACACUCUUUAGCAUGUGAGCAGCGACUUUGGGCAUCACUCAGCAUCUUAUUCUGUUUCACAAUGACAGUAUUGUGUGGAUAAAGAAAUGUUUCAAGCUUCACUGUUGAAGAAGACCACUCUGAAUUUGGGUUUCAUGUAGAUAAAUGAACAUGCAGCAUUCCAUGAAGGUUACAAAACCAAGUUUACAUUCCAGUUUUGCGAGGCACAGUAUGUCAAAGCGUGAGCACUUAGUGGAGCGCCUUUUUAAAAUCUGAUUCUGGGACAUUUACCAGCAAAAAGGACAAAAUCCUUGCAAAUAGUGUGAAUUACACAGUGAAUCCAGUCAGACCUUUGCUGUAAGCUUGCCAAAAUCUAUACUUGUAUAUUAAGAAUAAAUUGUUGAUUUGAUUUAAAUUAUAUUGUAAGUAGUUUUUUUCCUGCAUUUGAUUACGGUUUCAUAUGUGCUUGCAAUAAAUAUAUAAAACAAACCAAAGAGCUCCAGUCAAAUACUU